AUGGAUUUGAAGAAAACAUUUACAUCAGCAAAUCCAAAAUAUUAUAGACUUCCACUUACAACACCCAUGAUUGAUGCACUCAUAGUUCUUCCAAAGCCAAAUGAUAUUAAUACAAACAAUAUAGAUUCUAGCAAAGAAUUUUUCGAUCAAUUUAUACAGAAUAUAAAUCAAUGGCUUUUAUGGUUCGAUAAAUUCAUUCUUGUAUUUCAACCUAUUAUAGAAUGGUUCAAUAUUUACAAUCUUAAUCGAGCUAGUCAAUUACUAAUUGAUUUAAAUUUGAUACAAGAUGAUCCAAAGGUUCCUAUAAUUCAAUGGAAAAUGACAGUUGAAAACAUGGCAAAACUUCUUUUUUCAUUCAAGGAUCUUCAACGUCUUUCCCAAUUACUAAAUUGUUCAAUUCCAUUUCAAAUUAUUAAUCAAGGUACACUGACCACUGAACAUAAUAUAAUGAAUUAUAUUCAAGAAUUAACAAUUUCUCAACCCAACAAUACAUUUAAAGUUGAAAGUCAAACUAAUCAUACGCAUAUUGUUUCUAUUAAUGAUCGUCAAAGUGUACGCUGGUCUCUUGCUUGUGAAAAUUUACCAUGUAAUAUCAAAAUUGAAUAUCAAGCAAAUGAUUUAAAUAAUGAUAAACUAUUAUUAUUUCAACAGGAUAAUAUUCAAAUUCAUACUCAAAUUUUGCAAGGUCGAUUUGAAACUGAACGAGGUGGUCAACUAAUAAUAACUGUGUAUAAUGAACGUAAUAAUAGACCACGUAAAUUGUGGUAUCGAAUUAAAUCUGUGAAUUUGUCAUCGAAUCAAUUAUUUCAUGGCAUCUUUAAUAUGAUUUAUCAAAAAUAUUAUCGAUCACAUGAAAUAAUUUCCGAAAAAGAUUUUUGUAAAUUACUCGAUGAAGUCUUUCCAUUUAUUGAUAAUCUUUUAAAUGGUAGUUUACAUUUAGGACAUAUGAAGAAUCUAAGUACGAUAUUUUAUAAUAAAAAUAUUAAUAUUCAAGAUGAAGUUAAAACAUUAUUUACUAGUCGUUCUAAUCAACAAAUAACAAUCAUGAGAAAUAAUCAAGUAAAUCUUCAGCAUAAUCAAGAUAUUGAACAAGUUUGUGAAUGGUUACAAACGUAUCUGUAUUAUAGUCAUGUUCGUGUUAUCAUAGAAUGUAUAACAAAAUUUAAUAUUCUUUCCAAUGACACCGGCGACCAAUCUAUUGAUCAUUUACAAAGUUUACGUAUUGAUGAAAAUUGUACAUUAAAAACAAUAACUCAAACUUAUAGAAUAUUGCAACAACAAUUUCAAAAUUUAACGCAUCAACAUUUACAAUUAAUAAAAACAGCCGUUGAAUGUUCGAAUGUUAUAUUUAUGAUGAAAAACGCUGAUCUAUAUUCUAAUAAUGGACGACGUCGUUUUCAAGAAUUGAGAGAUAAUUUAACAACGCAAUUUCAAUUACAAGAACGCAAUAAUAUGAUUUUAAAUUCAUGGAUUAUUACGUAUGCUUUAGUCGAACCAUUUGUAUAUCAAGUAAAACAAUUCGAUGAUUUUGUUGCACAUAUUGCUCGAUUGUCGAACAUUGAAGAAACUUCAUUAAAUCAUAUUAGAGUUGUCAACGAUAACAUACAAAUUGUCAAUAUGUGGCUAUCAGCAGAAGACGGUACUGUACUAGAUAAUGCUCUCAUAACAAUGGAACAUAUAUAUAAAAGUGGUACAGUUGAUAUAUAUUUACGGUAUUUAAUAAAUGAACAGUCCUAUUUUGAAAUGGUAUAUACAAUUGGCAAGGCACGUAGACAAACAACUAAUAACAAUGAAAAUGAUAGACAAGAAUCCGAAGCAAUCACAUUUACAUUAUCAAUGGCUGAUAUUGAUGAUCAUAAACGACAAUUAACAUUUUGUAGUGUCGAUGCACAACAAAAUAUGUUUUGCAAUAAAACAUUAAUUAAUUCACAAUUAAAACUAUUACAAACUAUUGAAAAAAUUUAUAUAAUUCUAAAAAAAUUAGAAAUGUCUGGUCAUCCAGAUUAUCAAUUAAGAGAAGAACAUUUUGAAAUUCGUCUUCAAAAUAAUCAAACUAAUACAAUAGUAGCUGAAUUUCGAAAUACUCAAAAUGCUCGAUUAGAAAAUGCUGCAAAAAUUCGCAUAGAUAAUCUAGAAUUUCGAUAUACAAAAUUCAAUGAUUCUUAUAGAAAUUGGAUUGAAACAUUGGAAAAACAUCGUGACAAAUGUUGUCUAUUAAAAUUAUUUUCAAAUCGUCAAAUUAUGAUUCUUAUCAUUUUACUUCGAAAAUCAGCAUAUCAAGAAUCUCUUAGAAGUCGUUUCUUAAAGAAAUUAUUUUCUUAUAAAAAUUUCAAUAAUGAAAACGAUGAAGAAAACUUAAUAAUUAAAUGUUUAAUGCAUUAUUUACGUUCAUUAAACAUAAAAAAUUGUGAUUUAUCAGAUGAUCGUGUUACUCACUUGUAUAAAACACAUCAACUUGAAUUUGGUAUGAAUACUGACUUAUGUUUACAAAACUUAAGUGAAUUUUUAAAUAAAUUAUUUUAUAAUGGUCAACCAUUGUUAGAAGAAAGGAUAAUGAAAGAUGAAAAUCAACAAUUUCUUGUUACAUUAAAUCCAAUGAAAAAAAUGCCAGAGAAAACAUCCUAUGAACAUGAUAUGGAUAUGAAAACAUGUUGUAUAUUACUAAAUAUUUUUAAUGAUCGAUUACCAGCUUCGUUUCAAAUACUAUGGUGUUCGAAUGCAACAGAUGAAGAUAUUCGUCUAUUUUUUUCACGUAUUCGUACAUUUCGUUAUUUAAUAUUUGCUAUAAUGGAUAUUGAUAAAAUGCAUCAUCGACUUCGAGAAUUAUUAUUAAAUGAACAAGAUUUACUAACACGUGAAAAACAACCACAUGGGAUUGUUUAUUAUUUUUCACGAGAAUUAACAAUCUCUCGACAUGGUUUAAGAGAAUUUCAAAUUCCAAAUGCGUACCGAGAUCCAAAUCAAACAUACAGACAAUUAGUAAAAUUACUUCAACAAGAAAGUAGCAAUCGAUCAGAUAUUCAAAUUAUCUAUGGAACAGCUGGAGUUGGAAAAUCUCAUCGAAUUAAUACACAAUAUAAAGAUGAUAAUUUAUCAUGUUUUAGUAUUAAUGAUAAAUUAAAUCUUUCGUUAUUAAUUAGUUCAUUUCUAGUAUUCGAUUCAAAAACAAUCACUACAAAUCCAUUAAUCUAUUUCAAUAUUUCAAUUCAUGCACCAUUUGAAGAAUUGAAUCGUACUCUUUUUUUAUUAUUUAUUUGUAAUUCAUUGAUGGACGUUGAUAGUGGUCUAAUAUUUUCAUUACCAAUAAUACAUAGAUGGAAAUUUAUAAUUGAAAUUCCUUAUUCCGAAAUAUCUGGUUUAUCACCUAAAGAAAAUUUUCACCAAAUAUUGCCAUUACUUUCGAUUAUUUCACCAUCAAAUUUACAACAAAUUACAUGCGAAAAUUAUCAACUAUAUAUUGGUCCAGAAGAAGAGUUGGUUGCUCGAUUUUUAAAAGCAUAUGAAAAUAGAACAAUCGAUCGUGUAGCUGUAACAACGGCUGAUGGUGUUGAACAUCCAGUACAAUUUGAUCCAAUAUCAGAUGCCGAUGAAUGUCGUUAUUACAUAUAUAAUUGUAUAAAUAAUUAUGCACCUGACUUGCCAAGAAAUAAAAUUUAUGAAUUAUCAUUUACAAAAUUUUUAUAUCGUCGUAUUCGGUUUUUUAUUGGAUCUUAUUAUUGUUGGAAUGACAAUGUCAAUCGACUUGGUUCGAUAGCAAUGAAACAAAUGAUUGAUGAAGCACAAUCUCUGACACAGAUCAGUUUUGAAAAUAAUCAUUAUCCUCGUGUCUAUCUUGUUUAUGAUCCAAAUUUUUCAUUGCAUAUAUUACAUGCUGAUUGGAAUUGUGUUCCAUAUGAUUUAAAACAAUUAUUUAAUAAUCGUGAUCCAUUAACAACACCUGAUUAUAUAAAUAAAGAUUAUUUUGCUGAAUGUCUAGCUUGGUUAAUUGAUAUACCAUAUGAUAGUUUUAUCGAUAUUAUGAAUGAACAAAAAUUUAUUUUAACUGAAAAUUUUGCUUAUAAACUUUUUCAUGUACACGAAAGAAAAUUAACAAAAUUAGGUUUAAUCAUUGAAGGUGAUACUGGUGUUGGAAAAACAUUUCUUCUAAAAUUUUAUUCCUUAUUAUUAAAUGCAAAAACUAUUAGUGAUAAAUCAGAAGAUUCUAUCAUUCCAAGAAUUGUUCAGAAUGUAAGUUUAUGGUUACGAACAAUAAUCAUCGAAAUGGUGGAAACUCAACCAAUUUUAUUGAAUUUAUUUCUUAAACAAUUUAGAAAUCUAUUAUUAAAUCAUGAUAAUAAUCAUCACAUUCAAGAUAAUAUAAAUCAACAAGAAAUCGAAGCUCCUGAAGGACAAGAAGAAGAAACGUAUGAUGCUGAAUUUCUGAAAGAAAUCAAAGAUAUCUUACAGGAUUUUAAGUAUAAUGAAGAUAUACUACAAAAAAUAUGGAAAACGAUUUUGACAAUAUCAAAUGAUAAUGGCAUGAACAAUACUGCAAAUUUUAUCCAAGCAUUACAUAAUUAUGUCACCUCGCAAUUAGGAAAAUAUCCUUUGAUUGAACCUAGCAUUAAAUUAAGACAGUUACUUCAACGAACAGUUUCACCAAGUAUUGAUUUAUCUAUAGAGAUCUUUAAAGAAUAUAUCACUCAUUACCAGAUUAAACCAUUGUUCCAUCGUCUUUUGUUGCAUCCAGGUAUUACAGAAGAACAAAUUGUAGAAUUCAUGUCUCAAAUAUGUCAAUUAGCUCGAGAAUUACCUAAUGUUGAUUUAGUUGUUUUCUUUGAUGAAGUUAAUACAUCAUCUUGUCUGGGUUUAUUUAAAGAAAUGUUCAUGGAUGGUACAUUACAUGGAACAAACAUACCAAAAAAUAUUUUCUUUACUGCUGCUAUAAAUCCAUUCAUGACAAAAGAUGAGAGUAAAAAAUUCCAUCGUAGUGAUUAUCUUGUACAUAAAUUACCACAUGCAUUGGAAAAUUUAAAAGUUUCCUAUGGUUCUUUAGCAUCGAAAACAUUAGCUACUUAUAUUUAUAAAAAAAUAGCCAUAUUUCAAAUCAAUUCGGCAACUAAUGGUCGAAAAUCAAUGCCACUGGAAGAUUACGUUCAACAUACUUUAGCCGAAUGCAUUCUACAAGCACAGGAAUUCUGUGAAAAACGCCUUGCACGAAACUCAAUAUCACAACGAGAAAUCCAACGAUGCUUUAAUCUUAUUGAUUUUUUCUGGAACAUGCGAUACGAUCAUGAAAUUGGACAUGAACAAAAUUCUUAUACUCCGAAUCCAUUACGAUGUAUUGCUUUAUCAUUAGCAUUAAUCUAUUAUUUUCGACUUCCAACUGCCGAAGAUAAUGCACAACGAAAUGAUAAAAGUACACCAUCGCGUGAAGAGCUAGCAUCUAUAAUCUCUAAAUCUAUCCAUAAUUUCGAUGAAAUCAUUCAAAAUGAAUUGGAAACAUUUGUUAAUGCUGACAAUUUCGUCAUUCCACAUGGAGUUGCUAUUAAUCAAGCCAUUCGUGAACAUAUUUUCUCGAUUGUUGUUAGUAUUGUCAGUCGAACACCUUUAUGUAUUAUUGGUGCUCCAGGUCAAUCUAAAACACUUUCAUUUCAAAUCGUUUUACAGAAUCUUCAAGGUUCUCAAUUAUCACCAAAACCAUUCUGUAAACGUUUACCAGCCAUUGAUCCAUUCUUUUGUCUUGGAUCAAAAUACACUCGUUCAGAUGAUAUUGCUUAUAUAUUUGAACGUGCUAUUAAACGUGAACAACACUAUGAACAAAAUCAAAUAGAUACUCGAUGUGUUGUUUUCUUAGAUGAAGCUUCAUUGCCGGAUGAAAAUAAAAUGGUAUUAAAAGUUUUACAUCCAUAUUUAGAUGAUUGUAAAGUUGCAUUUGUGGCCAUUGCAAACAAAUCAUUUGAUGCAGCUAAUGCAAAUCGUAUGACUUGUAUCUAUCGUUCAUUACCAUCGGAAGGUGAUCAAAAAAUUUUAGCAUAUGGUUGCCUUGGUUUAAAAUUUAAUUACGAAAAAAAAUCUCUAAAUAAUCAACUUAACAAUAUUAUUCAUGGUUUAUGUCAAGGUUAUCGUCGAAUACUUCAAUCACCAGAUAUUUCUCAUAUAUUUCAUGAUCGAGAUUUUAUUUAUAUGUUACGUGAACUACGUUUCGAAUUAAUAAAUAUCGAUCAAGAUGAACAUAGAAGUAUAGGUGAAAUAACACCACAUAGUCUACUACGUGCAUUAGAAGAUAAUUUUAAUGGAAUAAAACAUGAUGAAUUCGAAAAAUUAACUAAUAUUUUUUUCACUGUAGUUAAUGAAAAAUGUCCAGAUUUUCGUUUAUCAUCAUCAGAUAAACAACAAUAUCAACGUAAUAUACCAACUAUUUUACUUGAAUCAAUGAAAUUAGAUUAUAAACGUCGUCGUUUAUAUGGUCGAUACAAAUUGAUCAUUGAUGAGUCCGAUGAUGAAAGUGCUGUUCAUCUUCUUUUUCAAAGUGGUAUCCUUGAUCAGGAUCCAAAUCAAACAGCUAUUUUUCGUAUGCCAGAUUUUCCAGAUGAUAUCAAUAAUGAAUUACGUAAUGUUGAAAUCUUAUCAACAAUAAAACUAUGUAUGGAAACUGGCAAAACAAUAUUAAUGGUUAAUACAGGACGAAUUCAUGGUUCACUUUAUGAUGUAUUUAAUCAAAAUUUUUCUAUAAUGGCAACAGAUGACACAAGAAAAAUAUUUUCCAAAGUUGCUAUUGGUCCAAAAACAAUGGAUGUGGUUGUACAUGAAGAAUUUCAAUGCAUUAUUCAUAUAAAACGAAGUGAAUUUGAAGAUAUACCAGCACCGUUUCUUAGUCGUUUUCAAAAAUAUUCAUUUAGUGUAACUGCUUUUUAUUCGAUUUAUUUAAAACAAAUUCCUGUAAACGAACAGACAAUAAUAAAACAUGUCGAAGAAAAAAUACGAUCAUUCAUACAACAUUUCGCACAACAAUAUUUCUAUGGUUUAAAUGAAAAUACACUUUAUUCAUGUCUUUUAUCGUUGAUUAAAAGAGAUGAAAAUGGAGACUAUGGUCUUUCAAAUAUACAUCGAAAUUAUUCACAAUUAACAAUUCAAUCAAAAACAUUUAUUGAACAAAAUUCUACUGAUAUUCGACGAUGUCUUCUGCUUUCAUUAAUAUCUAAAUUACUACAAAUUGCGUCACCUGAAUCAAUCAUAUAUAAAUUACCUACUUUUCAAGAUGAAUUUGCACAAUCAUUAUGCAAAAAUUAUUUUUAUCAACAAGAACAUUUCAAUAUUGACAGUUUUAUUCAUCGGAUGAUUUCAUCUCAAUCAAUCGAAUCAGAUAAUAGUGAUCAAUCAUCGACCAAUGAACCAACAGAACAAAAGUUAAACAAUUAUAUUACUAUAACAACAAAAGUAAUGAUAUUUACGCGAACAUCAACUUUUGUUACCAGUUUGAACAAUGAAUCGAAACAGAGCUUAUUUAGUACUCAUGAACAAAUUGAUGUCAUUAAUUUGGCUACGAUUGAAAAUUCUGUUUUACUACAAGAACAUUUUCGAAAUUACGAACAAGACAAUGCUAAACAUGUUUUGAUUAUUGUUAUUGAUGGACGAAUUGCACAACAACGUGUACAUAUUCCAUUUAUUCGGCAAUUGAUCGAUAGGCCUAAUCGAAUAUCCAACAAGUUUUUCAUCCUAUUAAUUCAUUCAACAGCGCAAGAGCUUGAUCAUCAAUCAUGUUUUCCAUCAAUAUUCUUACAUGAUUGGGAUUAUUAUUUCAUUGAUACAUGUACACCUGGUAGUGCAUUUCAUCUUCAAAAAAUGUUACAAAUAUUCACAUCAUCUUUUGAAACAAAACAACAUGACGAACAACAAUCAACCGAUGAUAAAUUAUGUGAUUUGGAUGUUUUAUUUGAUGAUUGUCUUUGGGAUUUUUGUUUACGUAUACAAAUAUUUCAUCAACAAAUACCACAGAAUAUGUUUAAAAAUCGAUUGGCACGUGAGUUUUAUCAACCUUCAACAAGUACGAAUCGACGUGUACAAUGUCUAAAAGAAAUUCUUCAACAAUCAUCACAAUUACAAAAACGUAUAAUUAGUAUCUAUUAUGAAAAUAUGUCUAUGAAUAAAAAUUCAUUACAAAAAAAUUGUAAUUCGAUUUAUCAAAUGUCAAAAGAUAUUCUAUGUGGUAAACGUUUUACUAGUCUUGUUGAUUCAUUACAAUCCGAAAUACGAAUAUCAUUUACUAAUUUUGUUUCGAAUAUUUUAAAAUUUAUUAUUAAUGACUAUGGAUUAGAAACAUUGAUGAAAUUAUCAAUGGUUCAAAAUGGUUAUGAAUCGUUAUUGAAUUUAAUCGAUUAUAAAUCAUUUGCUGUUGUUGAUAAUGAUAAAACUGCUCCGAAUUUUCAUGGAACAUUUCAAAUUGUUAGUCAUUAUUCAUCUAUACCCGAAACUCCAUUGUAUCAUUUAUUUCAUCAACGUAUCAAAUCAUUGGCAGAUCAAAUCAAAUCACAAUUAAUGCCUAAACAGAUUAAACUUGAAAAAAACGAGAUUGAUGUAUCGACAGCUUACACGACACCACUAACGACAUUUAAUAAUAAUGUUGAUGAUCAUGAAAUAACAGAAUUUACUCCUCAACAAUUUCGAAAUAAAUUAAUAGAAUUCAUAAUCAAUGAUCAAGUUUUGAUGAAUAUUGUUUCUCAACCUAUUAUUGAAUCGUAUACACAAGAUUCUAUUCGAACAUUAUGUACAAUUGUUGAGAAAAAUUUCAAUAAUAAUCUUGAUCAAUGUCAACAAACUAUUGAAUUUGUUUCUAAUUGGUUAUUACUUACCGAUGAAAAUGAUUCUGAAUCUUUAAAUGAAGCUUUGAAUAGAUCGGCAUGGCUUCUUGGACAUAUUUAUACAUCAUUCGAGUAUGAACAAAAUGAUUUAAUUUCGUUUUAUUCAGCUUGUCGAAUAACAGAACGACUUGAUUCAACACAAUCAUUUUAUAGAAAUUGUUCAGAUGAUAAUCUCUUAACUCGUUCAAAAGUUCGAGAAAAUUUAUUUCGAUUUAUGUUUGAUUGUUUGUGGAAAAAUCUUUGUCAAUUAUGUUCAACUAAUGAUAAUAUUGAAUCAUGGAUUCAUAGUUAUACAUUUAUUUCAAAAUAUUAUCCAUCAAAUAAAGUUUUACAAUAUAUACAACUUGUUCGUGUACAAGGUCAAAUAGAAUUUAUGAAUUUAGCUUAUCUUAUCUUUCUUAAUGAAACAAUACCUGAACCAAAAGAACUUAUUUUACAAUUAUUAAAAGAUACAUCACUUAUUCAUGAUGAUAUGAAUUCUCGUUAUGUUAAUAAUGAUGUAUCAAUUUGUUUACAAUUAUUACCAAUGAUUAUUCAAACUCUACAAAAAUAUUUUGAAACUAAAAAUGUCAAUAAUUCAACAUUAAUGAUUGAUAUUCAACAAUGGAUUAUAUCACGAUUGAAAAAUGAAAAUCAAUUAUGUGAUCAAGAAAUAAAAUAUCUUUUUAAAUUUUUAAAUCAACCAACAUGUGAAUUAUCAUUAUCAAUGAAACAAUUUCUAUUCGAAGAAUUAUCUAACAUAUAUAUGGAAUAUAAACGACAAAAUCGAACUUCAACAAAUCGACAGACUACAGAUUUUUGGGAUCAUAUUUCCUUAUUAUCAGUUAUUAUUGAAUGUGUAACAAAUACAAAUCUUAAAGACUAUCAAAUACCAUAUCAUCCAUCAAUUACUAAUACUAAUACUGAAAAACAAAUACUAAUUGAUUUAUUUUUCUUUUAUCUACAACGAUUGGCUCAUAAUGGAAUAGUCAAUUGUGCAAUUAUUAAGAAAAUAUUUAUGCCGGUAUUACUACAGAUUAAUAAUCGACUUUUGCAAACAUCCGCCGAAAUUAUAUUAGAAAAAUUUCAAGAUUUUUUUUCAUUACAAAUGACAGCAUUAUUAUUAUGUCAAAAUGAUAUAAAUAACUACAAUCAAAAAGAAGUCGAUAGAAUUCUAACUACAAUUAUUAAUAAAUAUCUAAAAAAUGAUUCAUCAACAACAGAAAAAUUAUCUAAACACGUUGAACUGUUCUUAUCGAUAAUUGCAUCAAAACGAUCAUGGAAUUUUCUUUUAAAUCUAUUAAAAUCAGAACGUUUUCAAUGUCUCAAUGCUCAAUGGGCGAAUCAUCUUCAUGAUUUACUUGAAAUACAAUACACUUCCAAACGUAAUAAAUAUUUACAAUUAUAUCAUCAAAUACAAUUUACUUUAACAAUAGAUAAUACUUUAUCAAUUUUUCCUAAACUUCAUCAACCUUAUAAUGAAUUAACUAUGGCCAUUGAUCAGUGUGUACAAAUCACAGAUCAAGAACAACGUUGGACAUCUUUAACUGAUUGGAUUCAACUUAAAUUAAAUACAGAUCCACCUGUUCUCGAUUUAGUAGAAAUAAAAGUUAUGUUAUUAUUAAAUAUUUAUUAUAAUUAUUAUUGUAAUGAUCAAUUAGCCUCUCUAAAUACUUUAUUAUCAGUAAUUGAAAACAUUUUACAACCCUCAUCCGAAGAAUUACGAGUAUUUCGAGCAUUUUUACAACCAGAACAAUAUAUGAUUGGAUAUCCAAACAUGAAUAAUAAUCUAGACGAUAAUUAUCUUAAUAAUUCAUUUAAACUUGAUUGUCAAGAUCCAGAAGAAUUGACCAUUCGUCAUACAAUGGUCAAUCUAUUAGCUAUGAUUAUGUUAGGUGGAAAGCAAAGUUUUCUAUGGACAUUCACAUUUGAACCAUUGAAAUUGCAAAAUACAUUUGGUUUUGGUUCGACAGCUCGUACAAUUAUUAAACAUAAUGGUGUUCAUUAUGAUUGUGGAUGUAUCAUAAGCGAAACUGGUGAAUUAUAUCGAUUUUCAAAUCGUGGAAUAAAUGAAAACGCAUUGAAUAUUCCAGCAGUUUACGUUGCUUAUUUUGCAACUUUUGGUGCUUUAGCUUGGCAUUUAUUAUUAUUUGAUACAUCUGUUCAAAAUUUAAAUGGUCCAAUUCUUUCGUCCGGUGCAAUUAAUGCUGUUGAAGAAAUUCGAUUUCGAAUUGCUGGUGAUAGUAUACGAGCAAAAGUGUGUCAUUUUGUUCGUGCUCGAUUAUUUCUAACAUAUAACUUUUUGUCAUUACUGGCAAAUGAAGAUGGUGCAUGCAUUAUAUUAAAUCAUUGUUUUGAACAAAUGGCUCAAUUUACUCGUCAACAUAGCGAAAAUUUAUGGAUUAUACCCUUACUUACAACACUCAAUGAUCAACUCAAAGCAGAACAAGAAUUUCAAGCUAGAGUCUAUUACCCUGUUUAUCAACAACUUGGUGAAUAUAAAAAGUUUAUUAAUAGUCUAUAUUUACAAUCACAAAUACAAAAACAAUUUCAAGAUUAUAUAUCUCAAAUGCCUGCUCAUAUUCAACUUACACAUUUUAAAACUGAAUUAAACAAUCCGAAAUAUAGUGAAUUAUCAUUUAGUAUUCUACGACAUGUACUCGAUUCAUUUGAUUUUCUUAAAAUGACACGAAUGAUUUAUCAUUUAAGCCAAUUCUAUUUUCUUUUACAUCAAACUUAUGCACAAUUAAUUACAAAAGAUGAAUUCGCAAUAGUAAGUUUACAAGAAUUAUAUCAACGCGGUAGAAAGUAUUGCAAUUAUUCCGAUGAUUUUCAAUAUCAAAAUCAAAAGGAUAAGCAUUUGUUAAUUAUUGAAAAUGGUAUUAAAGCUGUGAAUGCUUACCAUCAUUUUACCAAUGGUCUCAUUCGGCCAGGUGCUUGCGAUGAAACACAACGUUUUACAACAAUUACAAUGGAAACACCAAUUAGUUAUUUAGUUACAAGUGAAAGUUAUGAUGAAGGAGAUAUAAUCAUGCGUAUACUCAGUGUUUUGAUUGAUUAUCACAACAGUUUAUUAGACUUAUUAGAAAAAGAAACAAAUACAAAUGAAGAACCAAAUGCUAUUAAUUUAAUAAAGAAUUUAAUCAAAGAAUUAUCAUCAAGAGAGAUAUCCAUUUUACAAGUCAUACAUGAAACUACAGGUGUUAUUACAUUAAAUAAUAAUGACUGUCUAUCGAUUGAACGAUUAGCUCGAGCAAGUCUUCAAACUGGCGAAGAAUACUUUCCUCAAUGGAAUACACAAUUUACCUUUAAUUUUCUUUACGUUCAAUCAUAUAUUAUUCGUACAUACUUACUUUUCUGUCGAAUUAAUUAUAGUCAUAUUCAUCGAUGUUAUCAAUGUUAUACACAACGACAAAUAAUAUCUGAUAUUGAUAAAACAAGGUCGAAUGACAAUGAUGAUACUUCAAAGAUAUUUAAUGAUUCACGAUUUGAUUAUUUAAAACAAAUGCCAUUAGGUAAACUUUACAAUGGAUAUAAUCUUCUUCGACAAAUAACUAAAAUGUUAAACCAUUCUGACCAUGAAUCAAUAGAUGUAAAUCUUUAUGAAUUUACAAAUUCGAUCGAUCACGAUAAUGAACUAUAUGCACAAUUAGAAAAAUAUGAAAUACAAAAUUUUGAAUUAAGGUAUAUUGGUGAUGUAUGCCAAUUAUAUGAAAAAUUAAUCAGUAAUUUUCAAUAUUCACUUAUUAAUGUUUCGCAUUUACUUUGUAUUCCGAUUAAUAACGAAUUGAAUAAUCAAUUGGAUGAAAUAUUAGAUACAACAUUAAUUAAAGCCUAUUACGAUAAUAAAACCGAACAAUUACAAUCAACUGUACGAACAAUAACAGAAUUUUUAAAUGCAUUGAAAGAAAUCGAAGAUACUCUAUUACAACAAUCAUCUCAAUCAUUAAUACAAAUAUGUGAAUACUUACGUAUUGAAAAUGCUAUUGUUUCACUAAUACCAAGCGAAAUAGAAUGUGAAAAUUAUGUUCAAUUUGCAAUUAAAUUAAUUGAAAUAAGAUCUAGAUUACAAGAACAAACAAUUGAUAUCGAAGAACAAAAUGAAGCAAAAUGGAAUGAUAAUUUUAAUGAUCAAUCGAACGAACAAGAAAAUACAGAAAAUGUUUUUCGACGAUAUUUUAAAAAAGAUAAUGAUAUUACAGAAAAUUCUGAAUAUAAAGAUCAAGUUGAUUAUGUUGAGGUAAAUAAUGAUAAUACAAGAAUUAAUAUAGAACUUUUUCAACAAUCAAAUGAACAAAACAUAAACGAUGAUGAAGCAACAUUUAACGUGAAUAUCGAUGAUACACUAUCCAAUCAUUUGUUACAUGCAGAUUCUAACGAUAGAGAAGAUGAAUAUGUCGAAGAAGAUAAUGCUUCUAGAUUCAGAUUAAUUCUAGAUGAAAAUCCAGUCGAUGAUCUGUUACAUUCAGUUUCCCAAGAUGAAGAGAUUCAACAUGAAGCGGACAAUCAUGCUACAGCAUCAAGAUCAGAUAUUGAUAGAAACUUUUCUGAUGAACAACAGAAUCUACAACCAAUCAUUGACACUAUUCCGACUGAUAUAAACCAUGAAACAUCAAACACUGAAUCAACAUUGUCUUUAGUACAAGAAAACAUUGAAUACAGAUCUUUAUUUGAAUUAAAUAUCAAAUCUAUUGCAUUAACAGCAUCAAGGCUAUUUCAAAAGAUAAAACCAGAGCCUGGUUCAACAUCUGAUCCAGUGAGAGUAUUACGUUGUGAUAUUAUUCAUCCUACAAGUGAACGUCAAAAGUUAGCGUUAAGAACUGAAAAUUUUUAUCUCAAACUAAGAACAAUAUUCGAAGAAAAAAGAUAUUUCGACAAUUAUGUUAUCAUAGAUCAAAAUCAAAUACAUGUCGAUUUUUUGAACGAAAAUAAUAAUCAAUCAUCCCCUCGUAUAUCACCAGAAUAUCAUAUCAUUGAAAAAACUUUAUUAAAUCCUAUUGUAUUAACAUUUGAAUCAAAACAAAUUGAAUAUUUCGCAACAUCAGAAUGUCAAAUAUCAUCGGUUAUAAAUCGUUUUCUCAUUGAUCAACAAUUAACUAUUACAUCGUCGGAUAUUUAUAGUUUUUUUGAUGAAUUCGGGAUGCAUAUCGAUGAUGAUGAAAAAAUUAUUAAAUUCUAUCGAUCGAAUAACACGAACCCUAUUCAAAUUAGAAUUAUUCAAUGUAAAGACAAUGCACACAAUCUAUUUGAAAUAACCUUCAGAGGAAUUGAAAAUCAACAACAAAUAAAAGCAUUCCAUCCGAUGACAAAAUGGCAACAGAUUGAUUUAUGGUUAAAAACAUUUGAGAAUAUUGUAGAUCUUUCCGUUGAUAAUUAUAAUUAUUGGAAUAGACAAGACAGAAUUAUUAUUGAUGAAAAUGAAAUCAUUUCUUCUACAACAGCUCAAUCUACAUCAAUAACAGUUGAUGGUAUCGAUAGAAAACAAACGAUGAAAUUCAAGAUUUCUUUUGAAAACAAUGAACAAACUAUGCGUACAUUAAAAUCAUGUCAAGUUUCAGAAUUAUUAAAUAAUCGAUAUUAUUUUCAACAAUUAAACGUAAAUAUUUCUCCAAUCGAUUGUAUUCUCCUAUUAAUAGAUGAAACAGAUAAAAAAAUUUUACUCGAAGAAGAUCUUCAAAAAUCCAUUGAAUAUUAUGAACUGAAUACCAAUGAAUUAGUACAUUUUCAAAUUGGAAUAUUAAUUAAAAUCAUCAAAUAUGAUGAUAAUGAAUUGUAUUCGAUACCAAUCUCAAAUCGAAAUAUAACAAUAGAACAACUCCUACAAAUGAUACCAUUAAACGAUGAUAUUUAUAAAUAUUUAACAUCAUUCGAUACACGUAUAAUAAUAUCGAACGACGAACAAUUUUCAAAUAUCAAUGAAACAAAAUUUUAUCUUGUUAAAGAAAAUGAAACACGUCUUUUAACAAUUAUUCAAUCAUCUAAUUUGGCUGCUAGAACCAAAAACAUGUAUCAACGAUAUACAAUAUUUGCAACAAUAGCCGACGUAUAUAAACGAAAUCAAACUAUUAUUAAAGAUCAAUAUCUUUUAUUUGAUAAUGAUAUUAUCCUUUCACAAACAACUUCAUUAAUGUGUUUUCAAAAGUCGUCGUCAUCUAUUGAAUUUAAAUUAACCAAUGAAAAUCUAAAAACUGAUAUGACUAUUAUUGAUGAAGAGCAAAAAGAUUUUCCAAUCAAUUUUACUUGUUCACCAUCAGUUAAAAUCGGACGUUUAUUUGAAAUAGCAUGUCAAUUAUUCAAUGUAAAUAAUAAAUAUUAUAGUUUUAUUUGUUCUGAUGAUACAGAAGCUGAUGAUGAUUUCUCAAUUAAUGAACUUUAUAAUUCUACUGAUGGUAUUUAUUUUAAAUUGGUAUCAAAAGCCGAUGCUAAAUGUUCAAUAAUCUAUAAAGAAAAAGAAAUAAGAAUUCUCGCUAAUAAUUCAACGAUAAUACAAGAAAUUUUCGAACAAGCAAUAGAAAAAUUUUUCAUUCCAAAACAACGUAUGAAUUUGUACAAUUUAUAUUCCCUUUAUGAUCCACAAAAUCCAACAGAAAUAGACUUAACUCUUUCAAUAGAAGAUAUUCUAUUAUUGUUUCCUCAAACUUCAAAAAUAAUACCACUAGAACUAUUAAAGAAACGAUAA